UCGAUGGCGGCAUCAUCUGGCUAUCUGGCCGGGUCGCCGGCCUCCCCACCCUCCUCACAAGGCUGACCUUUCCAGUCAAAGGAUGUUUAGUCCUUAUAUGCUAUAUCUGCGCUUGAGGCGCUCUUCUUUCUCGUGCCCUUGGGUGGUGCUCACUCUGCCGUUGUUCUGGGUUGUGUCUGCUCUGCUGGUGUCAAGAUGCGGCGCUCGACCAACAGACAAUGAAGCCGUAGCAUCUCAUCACCGUUGCUUUUACAAUUGGAUACCCCUUUGUGUUUGUUUCCGUCCUUUCUCGGCCCUCCUUUGCUCCACCUCAACACGAUUCCCCGGCCGCUUCCGUGAAGAGGGCCAAUUUGCCUGGUGUUGGUGAAAAGAGUGUCUAGAUACACAGUUUCCCGCUUGAGCCAUGGCUUCACAUCAGCGAUCUGGCAGCGCCAGCUUCUCGCUCUUCCCCAGUCCCAACUUUUCCAAACCUCAUCCGGUGGUACGCACCCGCCGCUCCGAAUCCCACGAACGUCGAGCGGCUACGCCGCAGCAGCAGAUCCAGAAUAGUCUAUCUCCCUCUCCGAACGGCCGGCAGACACCUCAACCGAGGUCACACACACCACUCGAAUUCAACGCUCCGCUCCAGGAAGGAUCAGAGGCGGCUUUGGAUCGUGAUGCUAUACCGCCAGCGGUUGUCGAAGAUGAGCAGCUCGAUAGCUCUGGCGCAGGACCUAGUCGCCCAGCCCGCGUUCAGCAGCCCCGAUUAACCCUUGAAGUCCCUCGACGAGCGGAAGCUGCGUUUGCACCACCUCAGGUCUUUGCCAGCAGUAGCGUCAACCAGCCAAGGAACUCCAUCGCCAAACCCCCUCUAUUCUUUGAAGCUCCCCCAACUCAUGAACAGCCGCCGCCUUUGCGAUCCAUGUUCCCCACGUACAAUCCCGAGCUGCCUUUGGAUCAACAGAACUACGGCCCGCUUCGAUCGCAUCCGCCGGGAGUGCCCCGGGCUGUUGUCAGCCGCCAGAGUUACUUCGAAGACCCUGACGCAGCACCGGAGCAUCCCCCUGUCCGUGAACCAGGCUUCAGAGUCCCCCCUCGCCCUCACAAUCCUCCAGUCAUUCCUGCCAUAUGCACGACUGAGCAGCUCCAGGAUCUUUGGAAAGUCACAAACGGCUGGAAGGCCUCCUUCUCCGAGGGACGCGUUUACUGCCUGAAGUUGACACAACAGAAAGAUGCCCCCGUAUAUACGCUGUCCUCAGCUUCACAACCUUUCUAUAACCUCCGUCUGGAUCCCACAUCUGCCUCAGCCUACGUGUCGCUGACUAGGUACGAUCCGAGCAAGGUUUACAAGGCCCCCAAGCAAGCAUCGCAUUCACCUGCAAGCAUUCUGAAUAGUGUCAUGGGUGGCGGCAGUCAAUCUUCGGACGGAAAGUACUGGCAAGAGGCAUUGAAUACGACGCUGGAAGAAGAAUCCAGGAAACACUCCCCAAAUGACGGGCUUGCCGCCCUUCUCAUGCCUUGCGCGGCAACAAAGAUAGCUUUGGAUCGGCCGGAUGAUCCUGGCACGGUCGCGGCCGCAGAGAGGGAGUGCGGGAGGCUAGUAUGGGACGACGACAGUUCAAGUUAUUACGUGGUGCAUCCGGCACUGGCGACUCCGUUUUGCGUCACGGUUGAACACUGUCCUGCUUGGUCUCGUGUUGAGUACACACUUGAACACCACGAGUCACCGCAGCACCUCGCCAAACUGACGCGGGACGGCACCGGCAGUGGGUGGCUGGAAAUUGACACUGGAGUUGCGUCGAAGAUCGAGUCAUUCUACAUUGUCGAUGUAGCUGUUACCGCACUGCUUCUCGUUGCGGCUAUGGAGGAUAGGAGCUCGCCAAAUACGGUGAUGGAGGCAUUCGAGGCACCUCCGGUAGCAGAGCCCCCGAGGCCAUCAAGGAGCAUCAGCAGUGCCCUGAGCCGACACCGUGACGAUGAUGGCAGUAAAAAGAAGAAGAAGGACAAGAAAGACAAGAAGCGAGCGAAUAUGGAACAAUUCGAAAUUGACAUUGAAAGCCAAAACGAUAGCCUGGGCAAGGGCAACAAAAAGACAGCAAGCGAGGACAAGCUGCCCUUUAUACUAAGAGUCAUUGUCAAGCUGACAAAGGGGGUGUUCAACUGCUUUAUAUGGAUACUGACCAUCGGAUUCGCAUGUGUCAAGGGAGUUUUCAAGGUUAUUUAUAAAUGCGUGGGAUCCAAGUAUUAA